UUUCUGGGUUACUAUGUUCUGUGAUUUAUAAUGAUCAAUAAGACAAAGGUUGUAAAACCUUGUAGUAAAUCAUCAAGAGAAUGGAGCUAUAAAGAUGACACUACGUAUCGCAAUGAUACGCAAUCGUCGGAUUCUCCAUGGUAUGAGGGUAUAUUCCAGGAAGAUGACUUUUGGCACAGCGAGCUCCUGGAUCUGGUAUCCAAAUACAUCCGGCAUCAUAUCUAUAAUGAUAACACUGCACUUCGCCUUUCGGAUGACGUAGCAGAUUACAUCGGAAAUCUUUUGCUUCGUUAUGGUUUUCGUGCUAAACAAAAACAUGGUACACGAGAUAUCAUUGAUACCGUCAAGAUUUUACCGCUGCCCUAUAAAUUACAUAGUUUAUUAAAAUUGGAUACCCUCAAAGGUAUAUCGUUAUUCAAUGGAUUGUGUAUACAGGGUCGGCUUGCGCAUCCAAGGAUGUAUAAGCAGCUUGAUAGGCUUACCGUAUUAUUGACGCAUCAAUUUUUAUCGUUUAGCGACACCAUAAAUAGUAAUACCUAUGAAGAUAUUUCCGAUGUUCGCACAAAUCAUAGUUAUGUUGACUACUAUGUGGAACAACUCUGUAAUACUUCCGUGAAACUCGUUAUAUGCACCGGUAAUCUCAGUUUGGAGGUGGCUGAAAAAUUGCAUUUACGAGGCAUUUGCUGUUUAUGUAAUGUCUCACGAGAAGAAAUUACACAGCUCUCUUUGGCUAUUGGUGCGCCUGUUUUGCCUAGGAUUGCCCAUGAUGUUGUUCUAAGUCAGUAUAUCGCCUAUAUCGGUAGCUUCCAGUACAUUGAACAAUGUGGAUUUGCCAUUGGUGCUAUACGUGUGGGUCCAUGUUUUCACGGAUGUACCGUAAUCUACUCUAGAUUAAGGUUACUUAGCGGGCGAUAUGCAUCAAUACGUGAUUUGAUGCAAAUUGCACUUUGGCGGAUACAGCUGCUAUUCGAUGAGUUACAGUUUGUUAAAAUCCUUGGAGGGGGUAUUAACCUUAAUACCGCACUCAAUUUACUGAAGAAGAACUCAACAUCACUAUUACGACGGUCUGCUAUAUAUCUUGAUCACAAUUAUACCGGGAACACACCGAGUUGUGCCAAUGAGAUAAUCACUCCGUUGAACAGUACUGUAGAGAUCAAUGAGCAGUGUAUGAAUGAACAUGUCACAUUAACACGCCAUCCUACAUGUUCACGCCUUCUGAGGAUCGAACGAUUAUUUUCAUUGAUUAAAGGAAGGGAUAUAGAUCACAUAGACAUGAUUCCACAAAAGGCUCCAUUUUAUAUCCACUUCUCAAACUGGGUGUCUGAUUAUCUGUUAGGUACUACAUCGAACUGCAGUGGUGCUCCACAGAUUUGUGAUAUACAGCAUAUGGCAACGCAUGCUGUCAUUAAAUACUAUGAAUACUCCACCCGAUCUAAUGAAAUGUGCGGUUCAGUUGUAUUGAAGGCACUUCCAGUCGGAUCUUACGCAAGGGGUAUGUUUCUCAAUGAUUUCGUUGGAUGGUACACUUCUACGCUAGAUCAAGACGUUUGCAUAACAUCUGAGCAAUGUAAUGAGCAGAUGAGUAACCAUACAUUACACCUGGAAACGGUCGAACCAAUGGAGGGCGAAUUACAUAAACGGCUUUCUAUGGUGGUAACACGUAAAAGGAAUUACUCAAGCACAAGAAUGCAUCUAUCUUCACGCUGUAAAGAAUGUAAUGACGAAGCAACAGUCGAUGUACCGCAUAUUACGUUUGGGAAUUUCGUCUAUUUACUUUUGCACAAUGGCGUCUAUACUGCCGGAUGUGGGCAUCCCCUAUUUGGGUCACAUUCUUUUAGGAUUCAGGCGGAUAAAGUAACAAUAUGUUUACACGUACAAGAGGUACAAAACUAUAAGGUUGGGGCUUGGUUGGAUAUAAACCUGCUCAAUGCUAACCUUGGGAAUCUCUCCUUGGGUCAAGCAGGAGCUACUCGUACAGAUCAGAGACUUAUUCGUUGCGGUGAAAAAUUAAGGAAGCUACAUCAAACCAUAUUGAAUACAUGCGAUACCAUAGAUACUGAUAAUCAGUCGGUAUUAAUAACUGAUGAAUUGAGCGAUACCCAAUGUAGCAUUUAUGAACAUGAGUUGGAUCUUCUGAACGUUAGAAAUUUGACACCAUCGUUGGAUUUAGCCGUUAAACAUCUCUUCAGCACGUUGUGUGACAUUGUGGAAACUAGGUUUCAACAAUUGAUAUCCGUAGAUGAUAUCCAACAUGCUCUUCCAUGUAGGUGUGAGGUUGGUGCUACCUACAAAAACUUAUUGUUGGACUCAAGGAACCAAUGGGCUACACCAUUCAAGGUGGAGUCUAUCUCAGAUUUAGACACACUUUGGAAAGAUAGAAACUCUAUAGGACAGUCCAUUUGUCCGAGACUCAGGGACCAACUGUCAAAUUCAAUUGGUAAAGGUUAUGGUUAUUCAUUUUGCCACAAGUGCCAUAUGGAUAAAUUUAACAGUAUUGCUGAAUUAGAAGUGGUAAACUGGAUAUACACAAUAACUGCUACUGUGAGAUCAAUUGGAGUAAAUCUAAAGUCGAUGAUUGAGAACCUGCGUGGUAACAUGGCAUUGCUGGAUGUGCCCAACGAUGUAAAUAGUACAUCAUUAGAAGAUGUAACAACAUCUUCUCAUCAUUCUGCUGUUAAGGAUGUGUCAAAUAGUCCUGCGUUUUCGAUUGCCACAUGGGCAUUCUCUGCUGCCUCAAAGUCAUUUAGUGGUGCGAGAAGUCCCUCAAUGGUGCUGACAUUGAAUAGAGAAAAUACUAAGGAUCUUAAUAGCAAUGAUAUGCGGAAUCCAGUGGAUACUAUUAAUGAUAUCGUCGAACGUACUCUCGAUAACAUCAGGUUGUGUUACAUACAAGUUGUGGCGCAUUUAAUCUUUGGCGUCUUCUGGUCAAGUCCUGACUCGAUGGAUAUAUACACCACAGUGAGGUCCUUCGUAGUUUCUUUAACCUCCUUAUGCCGGCAGAUAAUAGGCGAUGUAAUGAAGUCGCCUGUAUGUUAUCCAUACAACAAAUCACGCCUCCUGGAUUCAAAUAUCUUUAUAGAUGACGCGAAUAUCGAAUUGAACCCAUCCUUGAUGGAUGCUCAGAUGUCAAGUGCUAGAAAAUAUUCUCAUCCUAUGGACUCUAAUAUUGAACGUAGCAGACACAAUAUAUCCUACCGAACCAGUGAAUCAAUGGAUGCUGUGAAUGAAGUAAACGGAUAUAUCCCAGAGAACACCGUUUCACUUGACAAUAUUUUGCCUUUAGGACAACAUAAGUACUAUGUUGUUUGGGGAUUAAUAUUUGCCGUUAAUACCAGGCAUCACAAUUCUCAAACGCACGAUUCCGAAGUACUGUAUCCAUCUAUUAGCCGAUCGUUUUCUAGGGAAAUAGAUACUGACCAACAGAAAGACGAUUUAUUGACUAUAACUGAAACGCUGCGUCGUAUUUGGAAUUCUUCUACGAUAGGUUCAUUUAGACUCAUAAUGCAAGGUCGAUCUGUAGAUAGUGUUGCACAGCUACUAUCUCGAAUGCAUGAUGGUUGCCCUAAGCUUUCUGAAUCUGUUGUGGCAGUACGUUAUGGAAUGCUACCGCUGUUGCGCCGUGAUAUUGGUAGCUUAAUAUCAGCUGCACUGAUGUCACAAGAGUAUAUGGAGGAAUGUGUCAGCAACUUCGUGCGUCCUAUCAAGCAUAAUUGGUGUACACUUGGUAAACGGCUGCUGGACUAUACGAGGAAUAGGCGCUACUGUUAUUUGAGAUUUUCCAAUGUUUAUGUGGAUUUCGAGAUGCAAUUACCUAAGCGUCGCAUGCUCAAUGCCAGAAACACAUCACAUAAAAGUGGACUUAUGCUGAACUUCCUGAUUUUCCGAUACGUGAAGCGUAGUUCUCAUUUGUUUUCAUUUUGCAGCAGUGCGGAGCCUGCUAUAAUAGAUAAUGAUUGGACACAUCGUGAUAUGAACAAACAUAAAAGUCGCUUUUGCUUUGAAUCCGUGGUACAGAAUGACAUAGGAAGGACAACUGUCAGUCUGCUUUCAUAUUGGCAAAUAAUGUAUUUUGUAAUAAACAAGGAUAAAGCAAGUAACAGAACGACUAAUAGCAUUUUGUGCCCAGUGACAUAUCCUUCCUACGGUACCCCAAUCAUAAUUUGUAACAGUCGCCUAUGGAAUUACAAGUGGUGUUCACAUGAAAAAGACUACUAUAAAGCACCAGUUAUGGAUCACAUAGUGAAGGGUAUAAUGAACAAUAUAAUCGAUACUAAUAAGCAGUUGAAGGCUUACAUAGAGUGGACCUGCCAAUAUUUGGAGGAGAGUAUUAUCAGGAUGCUAGAUACAAACGCUAUUGUUGCUCACAGUAGUGUGGUAAUAAGUAGUGCUUACGGAGUAAAAACCAGAACUGGCGAGCCACAUCACAUCGAGAAAACUGCAGGUACUCCUCGAGGAUCAUGUCGAGUUGCACGAUCCUAUGGAUCACAACCUGAUAUGUACUUACAUAUGUAUCGUAGCAAGAGGUGGACAUUUCAGAGGUCGAUAUCGUUAUUCAUGGGAAACCACCAAAACGAUUUGGGAUUGGAAUCUCCGGCAAAUACAAUGGGUACUCAUGGUAAAGAUACCGAUGGGCAAGUACAGAUACCAACUGCAGUUGAAGUCAAUUGUCCUAUAUACGGAGGUCGAGGAAACGCUGAAUGGAAUAACAUUGAGAAUCGACAUUACGAUACUCGAACGACUCAACAUAUCACCCAGACAGGUAUAAAAUUUAGUGGCGCUACUUUAUCCGACACAACUCUUCGCAAAACUCAUUUAUGGAUACAUAAUGCUAAUUUUUUGUGCCCAGAGAUAACUCUGUCGAGUAUUAAUCCAAACUACACUGUGGUUUUUCAUCAUCCGGAGGCAUUUCAUAAUCUUAGACAUCUGUUUUGCGCGGAUGAUCUUACAUUUGCAAGAUCGCUGUCCAGAACAUCUAAACUAAGGUCAUCCGGUGGUAAAAGUGGAGCUCCUCUGUAUGUUUCUUGUGACGGUAAAUUCAUGAUUAAACAUCUAAAUCGCCAUGAGUUCCAGUUAUUGAUCGAUAGGGCACCGCGAUUCUUUGAACAUAUAUUUACCGGAGGAACCCUAUUGAGUAUACCAUAUGGAUUAGUCUCAUUGAUACACAAAAGAAAUGGUUCUGUUGCACGAUUGCUUAUUAUGCAGUAUGUCGACCAUUCUACCGGCUCACGAAAACUUACGUUUGAUAUGAAAGGAGUGGCUUUUAAGCGAAGUGUGAGUGUAAAUAGCUCUAUUACAGAAUGUCGUCCUCCGGAAGGAUCUACAAGAUCCAGGUGCUGUUCAUUUGAUUCCGAAACGGAAUGGUUUACUAACAUCGUUAUGUUGGAUUACAAUUUCAAGAAUUAUACACGUGGCAGUCCAAUUAGGCUUGCAAAAGAUGAUGUAGCCAGAAUCUUUGAGUAUCUACGAAGGGACUUAGAAUUUCUGUCUAUGUUAGAAGUAGUCGAUUAUUCGAUACUGUUACAAAUAUGUCCAUCUGAAGGUGUUAUGGUCCUUGGAAUCAUCGAUUUCCUCAGACCUUACACUUGGGACAAACAGAUUGAGAGUAUCGGAAAAAAGUUGGCAAAUCUAGCCAUCGGCCAGGAGCCUACCAUCGUAUCGCCUUUGGAGUACAGAGCAAGAUUCUUCAGGUUUAUUUCGCGUAUUAUUUGGCAUUACAAUGAAGAGACAAUAUCUAAUGCAGUUGAUAAUAACGUUAAAGAAAUUGAUUUAACGAAGCCUACUUUUAAUUGCAGAUGCUCUUUCUGCGCAACAACAAAGCUUUUAUAUACUAACAGUGACGUGAAGUCACUGAGUCACUACAUGAUGUCAACAUCAAUCUCAGUGAGAAAGUAUAUUCAAAGUCUGGUUAGCAAUGUUGCACCGGCAGAGGAUAGGUAUAAGCACGCCUGCCAGGUAGUAGCAAUGCUGCAAGAAAAUUAUGAAACUGCAGCUAUAUGCCCGAUAAAAGAUAUAACAUAAUCAUAUACUUAAUAAUUAUACUUCAUAAUAGUGAUUACGC